AUGGUGAACGCGCAAAAUGUGACCUCUUUGAAGGCGACAGAUCUUCCAGCAACAGUUGAUGAGGCAGAGCUGCGUUUGAUCUUCGGUCGGGAUAUGGUCUCUGUACAGCUCCCUCGCAGUUCCACAGGAGGGAAUUGUGGAUAUGCCAUUCUUGGCUUCGCUUCGCCUGAAAGUGCAGAGCGGGCGAUGCGCCAGAAUGGACAACGUCUUCCCAAUCGGAAGGUUGCUCUCCGCUUGGCACCAUGCAGCACCGUCUCAGGCCGAAAACCAUUGGCAAGCUACCAGCUUUGCGUGGGCAACCUUGGAGCGCAGGUGUCGGAUGCAGAUUUGUACAGUGCCUUCAGGUCUUUUUCCGACAUCGUGCUUGGUGCUAGAGUUCCAGUUGACCAUAGUGGACGAAACAGAGGCUUUGGUUUCAUCAGACUCUCCGACGAUGACGCCGCUGGGUCUUUGGCUGUCAAAGCACAUGGGUUCCAACUUUCUGGGCGAGCAGUCACCGUUCGCCAGUGCCUUCAAGCUGAUGCUACUGCAGGAAAUCGAACGCUGUUCGUCAGCAAUUUGGAACCUGGUACGCGGGAGGAUUGGCUCCGAAAGCUGCUGGGCGUCUUUGGUGACUUGGACUUCGUAGAGCAAGGUGGACAUGGAGGUGUGUUUGCCCGAGUUGGAUUCAGCGAGGCUGAAGGUGCACUUGCAGCUGCAUCCUUGCUCCAAGGUCGUGUGCAAAGCAGUGGGAGGCAGCUUCGGUUUCGUUGGGCGAAGCCUUUGUCCACAGACUGCCAAAGGUUGCAGGCAUUUUCACAGCGCUUUGCCACUCCCAAAAUUUUAGAGCAAACAGAUGACAUGGGGAGGGAACUGGCAAAGUCCUUGCUUCCUCAGCCAAGUAUCACCGAAAGACAACAAGGAUUUGGCGGAGACGCAAACCAGGAAACAUCCCAAAGCAGUUUCCCCGAGGGUUCAGCUGCCAAAAGCAGACGAAUUGGCGAACGGUAA